ACUGGGACAACGGCGAUGGUGAUAGUCUUUGGUUUUUCUCCAUAAACUCGCUCCCCUGCCGCGUCUCCAUGUCGGUGAACUGCUUCAUCUGUCUUCUGCAGCCUCGCUCUCUGCUCCAGCAGGUGUCGCCCCCACAGGCACCACCCAGCUGACCUCUGUGGGGCCUUCCCCUCCAUUCCUGCCGCCUCUGCCAUCGUGACAGAGCGUGGUUUCGUGCAAAGAAGCUGCUGCGAAAGGCAGAUAUCCGGCUAUCGGUACUUGACGUGCCUGAGACUCAGUUUACCCAUCCUCAGGGCGGGAAUAAUAGCGAUGUGUUCGGCUCAUCUUUCCCUGUCUCCUUUCCUCGUGGUUUUUCUCAAAACAGUCUUUCUUCUUUUCCUUCUUCUCUCCCACCUAUCCAGAACAUACCACUGAGUCAAUUUUCUCACAGCAUACAUAGCUCAUUCUAUAAAUCGGUGCCCGGGGGGGUUGCAGAAGUAAACACAAGACAGGACUUACGAGCUACAGUCUCGUAGUGGACCGUCAUCGCCUGCUGACAUCUUUCCCGCCUGUCCACUGUCCUCAUGGCCAUACUCAACCGAGGACCAUUCUUCUGAGCAUGGCAGCCAGGCCUGUCCAGUGGCCUAGUUCAUGUCAACUGAAUGCAUCGGUCUGUGACCUCACAGCUCCCGACGUCCAGGGCACUGCUUGCCACCUCCCCCGUCCCCCGUCCGCCUGCUCCUGAAGGCCCAGUUCACUGCCCCGCGUGCGAGCCCUUCUCCAGGCCCCCAGGGGGAUGUGUCCCCAUCAGUGACACGUCCUUCCUGUGCCACCUAGGGGACUCACCGUAUCGAGGCACGUCUUGGUUCUCUCCGCUAGACUCUGAUCUCCCCAGGAAAAUGCAUCUCUCAUCCCAGCCUCAGUAGGUCACGUGAGGGCCUCGCGCCUGCACUUAACUCUCUGACCUGUGCAUCGACGGAGAAACGGAAAACGUUUCCUCAUUUUGUUGAGCGUGUGGACCGAGACCCUACAUCAGAGAGCGGCUGCUGUCAAAUGAACGAACAGCUACUCCUUCGCCCCGGCAGCAAAACGCGGACACGUCUCGUGUGGGCGGGGCCCACGGCUCCUGUUCUCAGUGACACUUCCUGGUGCUCCUGUUGAUACAUCUGUGAGCAGCGAUUCUUAACGGCAAUCUUUACUGAGAACGGGAGGAUAUGUGAUUCUAGAAAGGAGAACAGGACAGCCAAGGGGACAAUCUGUGUCUCAUCGGGCGUUCCUGGGAGAUAGCUCGCUUUCACAGAGAAGCCUCCGCACCACUCUGUCUUCGAAAGAACAGAGUCGAGCGGCGGUGGCUUUGCGUUUCUGGCCUUAUCCUGGGACCUGCCCGGACGGCCCGCCUGGUUGUGGUUCCUGGAUCUCAUUGCUGGCCGAGUCUGGAAGAAUCCUGUGGUUAAACCUCUGCCGGUAAAAUCCUGGGCGAAGGUCUGGCUGGACAGCGUGGGUUUCGCCUGUCCUUUGCGGACGGCUCUGCGAUCUCGGAGAGACCAGGCCCUCGAGGGCAUUGGGGAGGCCACCUUAUAUAUGUCAUGGGAGUUCCUCCUGCGCCCUGCUGCAGGGGCGGGGUGGGGGGAGCUGCGGCCACCGCAUGGACCCUGACGAAGGUUUCGCUAGGUCUCUUCUCUUCCUGUCUCUCCUCCCACGGCGGGCAAAGGUCCUCUUGCUUUCCGAAAGGUUAGGACACCAGGAGCCCUGACUGGCUGCUCCCCUUGAUUCUGGGGGUGGGGUGCGGUCAGCAGGGGGUUAAAUCGGGGGCGUGAUGCUCACGAUGACCCUAAGCCCUAGAGACCCGGUAUCUAGUCCCAACUGCCCCUCGACCUGAUUUUAGGUUUGGAAAGUGAUCCCUGGGGUCACUUGUGAUUCCUACGGCCACUCCUGUGUGAGGGGCCCCGGGGAGUGGGGAGUUGGAAUCUGUCCCUUGGUCAGGCUGGAUUCCCAGGAAGCCUCUUACAAGGCACACCAGAGAGGCAGCAGGCCAGGAGGGGCUGGGUGAGCCCCCUGUGCCACUUUCUCCAAGUCCCCACUCCACUGCGUGCGGUGCCUCUGCCCCAGAGGUCUUCCUCCUCGCGGCCCAGGACCCUCCUGGGUCUCCUUCAAGGUCCUGCACAAAAGGCCCUUCCGCCUUUCUGACAGAUUCCCACGGCUGUGACAGAUCUGUCUUUCCCUUGGCGAGCUCCCAGGUGUCCCCACCCACCCGUGCUGUAAAAAGCAACGUUGCUGCCGCCCCGACGGGAUGGUGGGUUCUGGCUGCAUCCGAGGAGCCGCCUGCACCUGUUCGUGUCCUCACCGGCACCUCUGUUCCAGGAGACUCUGGACUCGUGGUAGGGAGAGAGAACUCCCAGCAAGUCCAUUAAUCACAGGACCGGAGUCGGUGAAAGGCCCCGGCACACGGCAAUUCCCUGACACGAUGAAUUUCGAUGAAAAUGUUGAUCAGGCGCCGGAGUUGCUGGUUACCAAACGUGGAGCAGCUUUUGCUUUGGCUUCCGAAGAGGUAAAGAAAGAGGCCACGCAGUCUAAGAAUUUGGAGAAAAGUGACAUAUCAAGGAAACAUGACAUAGAUUUAAAAGAAAUCGUCUUUGUCAUCCAGAGUCAAAGUAAUUCCUUUCAUGCAAAGACAGCAGAACAGUUAAAAAACAGCAUCUUAAAGCAGUCUGCGUCUCUCGCCCAGGAACUGCCCCAGGUCCUCCUCCUCCACGAGCUGUCCAAGCAGGAAGGCGCGUGGACCAUACUCCCGCUGUUACCACACUUUUCUGUAACGUAUAGCAGAAAUUCAUCAUGGAUCUUCUUCUGUGAAGAAGAGACGAGAAUACAGGUUCCGAAACUCUUAGAAACACUCAGAAGAUAUGACCCGUCAAAGGAAUGGUUUUUAGGAAAAGCAUUACAUGAUGAAGAAUCUACAAUAAUUCACCAUUACGCCUUUUCUGAAAAUCCUUCAGUUUUUAAAUAUCCAGACUUUGCUGCUGGCUGGGCCCUUAGUCUUCCACUUGUAAACAAGCUCACCAAGCGGUUGAAGAGAGAGUCCCUGAAGUCCGACUUUACAAUAGACUUAAAACAUGAGAUCGCCCUCUACAUCUGGGACAAAGGGGACGGGCCUGCCCUCACUCCAGUGCCAGAGUUGUGUACAGACAGCAUGGAUGCCCGCUGCGCCACCACGGGCCACUCUUCCCUGCCCCUUUGCGGAAAUCCAGUGAAAAAGGAGGAUAUAUUUGUCGCAGUGAAAACAUGCAAGAAAUUUCAUGGCGAUAGAAUCCCCAUCGUAAAGCAGACGUGGGCGGGUCAGGCAAGUCACAUUGAGUAUUACAGCGACCACGCAGACAGUUCCAUUCCCACAGUGGACCUGGGGGUCCCCAACACAGACAGAGGUCAUUGUGGAAAGACAUUUGCCAUUCUGGAGAGAUUUUUGAAUCUCAGCCAUGACAAGAUAGCAUGGUUAGUCAUUGUGGAUGAUGACACGUUAAUAAGGUGGUUGGUGCCGUCAGGAAGAGACGCCCCGAAGAGACACCACCUCUGUCGUUUUAACCUCAGAAAUCGGAGGUCGAGGUUGAGCUGAUGAUUCACAACACGCAGGGCGAAGAGGACUACUUUUCAUCUCUUCUCUGGUCGAGAAGUGGACAUAACCUUGCCCCAGAGGGUUUGGGCUUUUAGAGGCUGUCGCCGACCAGAGGCUGCCGUUUCCUUGGAAGCCUCAUUCUCCGUGACUGAGGGGUGUCUGGCAGGAACCCCCGCACUCCCAGCCUCCCCUGUGGAGCUGUUUGUUAGACAGAUUUUGAGACUGACUCCGAGUUAGGUGCCUAGGCCGUGUAACUUGUGUGCCAGACUGGGUCAUUUUCCUGCCGUUCAGAGCUGUCAACAUUGUCAGAGACCUUGACCUUCAGACAGAAGCGAACCUGGCCCGCGGACCUGCAGACUCUCUCAGCACCACACGGAGGAGACUUACUCCGUGCAGCGAAUGCAUCUGCUUCACUCUCAGCCUUGGCCCGAGGGCUGGGAUGUUUCUGUCAGCUGCGUGGACUUGCGUGGACAAGGGGCCUCUUCCUGGACGUCCGUGCUUUGUUUGCUCAUGACUCUGCCCACCCCGAGAGAGGAAGAGUGAGACACUGGAAUGCUAGGUUCUAGAUUUAAUAUUGCUUCACGAGAAAAGAAGUCACGAUCGAUAAUUUAGAGAAGUGUUUGUUCGCGUGUCUGUUGCCUGGAGAUGCGUGAUGCCCGUGGAGCAGACCCGAUAAGCCUCACGGGGAGCCUGGGGCCGGGCGGGGUGCCCUGGAAAGCCUGGCUUAGAAGGAGGGCUGGGAGGGCGUUAGAAGGUGUUUGAAAGUGGGGUCAGCUCUUAACACGUGGAAGAACUCGGCUUUCUUAACACCAACCUCUGUGUCGCCUUUCAAAAGUGACUUCUAGAUUUUAUCUUCCUACAAAAUCUUUUCUUCAUCCUACGGCAGCUACAGUCACAGACGUUUUUCUGACUAGCCCUUGAAUGUCCUCGCUGUGCUUUGUCAGCUAUCACUGCUGAUAACUCCCAGGGCCGGGGGCUGUAAACAAGUGGACACGAAAGGCCACAGACCAGGGUGGCCUUACUCCAGGGAAACCUAAGGGGUGUCACUGUCCAAACACCCUUCCUUGCCUGCCAGUCACGUGCCUGACAUGGGCCUCGUCUGUACCUCCAAAGCUCCUUGACUGUCAAGAAUUCAGACAGACACCAAGUGCAUCUGGGGUGAUGUGGCGAUUAGGGGGCCUGGUGGAGGUGGCGAUCUGGGGGCCUGGUGGAGGUGGGCUCUGUGGUUCAUACUCCCUGGGGGCCUGGUGGAGUGGGCUCUGUAGGGCUGGGGCCACACUGCCUUGCCUUCACAAACUGCCAGCCCACCCUGGGCAGCCACGGCUGGCAGGGCCCCUUAAACCCAGGAGGAGGCCCCUUGGUUCUCAAUUUCUGUUUUCAGUAACGUCAAGUGUUCGCCAGUGUUUUUGUAAAAACCCGCUUCUGUAACUCGCUGGAAUUCCACCUCUACGUGAUCGCAGCCCCAUACCCUACUGUGUAACCAGUGGGCGUGGGAACCAUGAAGCGCUCACGAGCUGCCACU